AUGGGACAAGACAAUAUAACACUGUGGACAGAAUUUGUGCUAGCUGGACUUCUCCAUCAAAAAUCACCGGCCGUUUUUGUUGGGGUGGUUAAUUCCAUGUUUGUGAUUGCCCUGGUAGCAAACGGUCUUCUCCUUUUCCUUAUUAAAGUUGAUCCUCGGCUUCAUAUCCCAAUGUACUUUUUCCUGAGUCAACUGUCUAUCAUGGACCUCUGCCAAGUUCUUGCAAUUGUUCCCAUGAUGACCGUGAAUUUUGCAAUCAAUAGGUACACCAUUUCACUCUAUGGGUGUGCUUUCCAAAUUUUUGUCACCCUGACAGUGGGAGGAGCUGAAUGCCUCAUCCUGGCUACCAUGGCCUAUGACAGAUAUGUGGCUAUCUGUAGGCCUCUGCAAUAUCCAGUCCUCCUAAGGAGUAAAAUAUGCUGUCUUAUGUCACUGUGUGCCUGGUUUUGGUCUUGUGUGCAAGCGUUGGUUUGCUCUCUCUAUGUCCUGCCUCUUCCUUACUGCAAGACUAAUGUGAUUAUCCACAAUUUAUGUGAGUAUCCAGCCCUCAUACAAUUGUCUUGUUCUGAUAAUUCUGCCUUUGAAAAGGCAGUAUAUCUUGGAUGUUUUCUGCUUUUUCUCAUCCCUACUUCAGUCAUCCUUGCUUCGUAUCUUGCCAUCCUCUUGCAAGUUCUCAGGAUGAAGUCCAGAGAAAGGAGCCACAAAGCCUUGCACACCUGCUUGUCCCACUUGUGUGUAGUGGGGUUCUUCUAUGGAGCGGCCAUUUUGACCUACAUGACACCCAUAUCCUCCUAUUCAGCAGAAAAAGCCCUUAUUAACUCUGUGUUUACAACUAUUUUCCCUCCCAUGAUUAACCCUUUCAUAUAUAGCCUGAGGAACCAGGAUGUUUCAGCUGCAUUCCGAAAGCUCAUUGCAAAAUAG